UGAAAAUAGAGUACACAUGUCCAAAUGGCCAAUCAAAGACCGUGCAAAAAUUGGUUCUGUACCACAUGGAGUUAAUCAAUAGUCCAUGCUGGGAGGAGAAAGUUUGUCGUCUAGGUUUUAGAGACUGCGCACCGUAUAAUCUGCGGUAGUUUUGUUUAAAACAGAAAAGCAUUAUUCACACAAUGGAAAAGAAAAACAUUAUUAAUUUUGGUGCAGGACCUGCAAAACUUCCACCAUCCGUUUUGAACCAAGCACAGAGGGAACUGCUGAAUUACAAUGGUACUCAGAUUAGUGUUCUUGAAAUGAGCCACAGGUCAUCAGAUUUUAGGAACAUCAUAAACAACACAGAAUGUCUUCUUCGUCAACUUCUGAAUAUACCUGAAAACUACAAGGUUUUGUUUCUUCAGGGUGGUGGAUCAGGGCAGUUCAGUGCUGUUCCUCUAAAUCUGAUUGGUCUAAAGAAGGACAUGUGUGCAGAUUAUCUUGUGACUGGUAUUUUUUCUGCAAGGGCUGCCAAAGAGGCAGAGAAAUAUGGCAAAGUGAAUAUGGUUCACACAGAAUUGGAUAGAUUCACAAGUAUUCCAGGUACCAGCAGUUGGUCACUCAAUCCUUCGGCAUCAUAUGUCUACAUCUGUUGUAAUGAAACAGCACAUGGUGUUGAGUUUAAUUUCAUUCCUGACACCAAGGAUGUCAUUCUUGUUGGUGAUAUGACCUCAAAUUUCCUGUCCCGACCAAUAGAUGUAUCAAAGUUUGGGCUAAUAUUUGCAGCUGCCCAAAAGAACAUAGGAUGUGCUGGAGUCACUGUUGUCAUAGUGAGAGAGGAUCUAUUGGGAAACACCUUGAAGGAAUGCCCUAUUGUACUGGAUUACCAAGCACAAGAUGGAAACAAUUCCUUCUACAACACACCCUCCUGUUUCAGCAUCUACAUCAUGAAGCUGUUUCUGGAAUGGAUCAAGAAUAAUGGCGGUGUUGAAGCCAUGGAGAUACUGAACAAACAGAAGUCUUCUUUGAUCUAUGACAUCAUCAACAUCUCCAAUGGAUUCUACUCCUGCCUCACUGAUGUAGAGUGCCGGAGCCGCAUGAACAUUCCAUUCCGUAUUGGGAAAAAAGGGGGAGAUGAAACACUUGAAAAACUUUUUUUGGAUGGUGCUUCAAAACUUGGAAUGAUUUCAUUAAAAGGCCACAGAUCUGUUGGUGGAAUACGAGCUUCUCUGUACAAUGCUGUGACUCUGGAAGAUGCUCAAGCACUUUCUGCCUAUAUGAAGCAGUUUCUAAAGGAUCAUUGUCAUUUUAAAGAAAACGAUCACUAGAUGAUGUCUAAUUUACAAGUUACAAUGUCCUAGUUCACUAGCAUUGUCCUAUGCAAGAAUCCUUAUUAUUUCAAUUUUUGUCUUCUAAUUUCAGUAAUUUAUCAUUUGAUUUCUAAUUUCAGUUCUAAUUAAUUUCAGUUCAGAUUUCAUUUAUCUGGAGAAUAUUUCUAUUACAUAAUAUCAUAAAUAAUCCAGUGCCAGUAACUAAGGCAAAUGUUAGGCUUUACUCAGUGUUUGGAUAAGAGUGUCUAAAUGAUGUAAAUUAUGGAAACAGUAUUCCAGAGUUUAGGUUUCUAUCACCUAUGGUGCACAGCAUAGAAGGAACUAUUGAGAGCAGAUGGGUAUCAGAGGAAUAGGGCUACACAAAGAUGACUAUGCAUCUAAAAUUGAAUGUCUGGCAACCAGAAAAGGUGUUGAAAAGUAGGUCUGUUAUGUGUGUCUUUGGAUAUGAGUAUGAGAUAUAAGUACUCUAGCAGUUGGACUUUACAGAUGCUGCAGAAUGCUUCCUGACAGGGAGCCCAUAGAGUAUUACAGUGUCAAAUCUAAAUACUGCAGACUAAGAAAAUGAAGGACAUAGUAUUAUUAAAAUGAAGGAAGUUAUCUUAGUUUCCUUAAAAUGGAAGAAAGCCACCUUUGCAAAAUAUGUGAUGUGAUAAAGUGGAACUGAAGAUGAUGCCAACAUUUGUAACCUGGGCAGAAGUAGGCAUAAAAUCUGGAAUUGAU